UCCAUUUCGUUAAUUAACCACAUAUAUCUUCUUUUGAUUCUUCACUUUCUAGUCUCACAAAAACAAGGAAAAAAAUAAAAUCAAAGUGACGAAUGUUAAUGGCGUUUUCUUCUUGUUUUCCUUUAGUUCUUCUGCAAAUCUUCUCAGCUUUACUUCUCUGUCUUGCACAAGAUCAGUCAGGAUUUAUUAGUUUGGAUUGCGGUUCGCCUAGAGAAACUAGCUUUCGUGAGAAAACAACAAACAUAACUUACAUUUCCGAUGCAAAUUUCAUCAAUACCGGUGUUGGUAAAAGCAUCAAACAAGCAUACCGGACUCAGUUUCAGCAACAAACAUGGAACCUACGGAGUUUUCCACAAGGCAUACGAAACUGCUAUACCUUAAACCUAAGCAGAGGCGACGAAUAUCUAAUCAGAGCCAAUUUCCUUCAUGGCGGUUAUGACGACAAACCCUCCACGCAAUUCGAGCUCUACCUCGGACCUAAUCUAUGGUCUACAGUUACAACCACAAAUGAGACCGAAGCAUCAAUCUUUGAGAUGAUUCAUAUCUUGACCACUGAUCGUUUACAAAUCUGUCUGGUCAAGACAGGAAACUCGACGCCAUUUAUCUCCGCUGUAGAGCUUCGUAAACUCAUGAACACAACUUACUUGACUCGACAAGGGUCCUUGCAGACCUUCAUCAGAGCAGACGUUGGCGCGACUGUUAACCAAGGCUACAGGUACGGAAUCGAUGUGUUUGAUCGUGUCUGGACUCCGUAUAAUUUCGGGAACUGGUCACAGAUUAGUACCAAUCAGACAGUGAAUGUAAACAAUGACUAUCAACCACCAGAGAUUGCUAUGGUCACAGCCUCUGUUCCAAUAGACCCGGACGCACCUAUGAACAUUUCGCUAGUCGGGGUGGAGCGUACUGUGCAAUUCUACGUUUUUAUGCAUUUUGCGGAGAUUCAAGAGCUCAAAUCCAAUGAUACAAGAGAGUUUAAUAUCAUAUACAAUGACAAGCAUAUCUAUGGACCCUUUAGACCACCUAAUUUCACCACUUCUUCCGUAUUUACACCUACAGAAGUUGUCGCCGAUGCAAAUGGAAAGUACAUAUUUUCGCUUCAAAGAACCGGAAAUUCGACUUUACCUCCUCUGCUCAACGCUAUGGAGAUUUAUUCGGUUAACUUGUUACCGCAACAAGAAACUGAUGGAAAAGAAGUUGAUGCAAUGAUGAAAAUCAAGUCGGCUUACGGCGUGAACAAGAUUGACUGGGAAGGAGAUCCUUGCGUGCCGCUGGAUUACAAGUGGUCUGGUGUUAAUUGCACUUACAUUGAGAAUGAGACCCCAAAGAUCAUUUCCUUGAAUCUGUCUGCAACUGGCUUGACCGGAGAGAUAUUAGAAUUAAUAUCAGACCUUACCAGUUUAGAAGUUCUUGAUUUGUCUAACAAUUCUUUAACUGGUUCAGUCCCAGAGUUUCUAGCAAACAUGGAAACCUUAAAACUCAUAAAUCUAUCAGGAAAUGAGCUAAAUGGCUCAAUCCCUGCAACUCUCCUUGAUAAAGAACGAAGAGGAUCGAUUACGUUAAGUAUCGAAGGAAAUGCCGGGCUCUGUUCAUCUGCAUCAUGUGCUACCACGAAAAAGAAGAAGAAAAACACUGUUAUUGCACCUGUUGCAGCAUCACUUGUUUCAGUCUUCCUCAUUGGAGCUGGAAUCGUUACUUUCCUUAUCCUCAAGAGGAAGAAGAGAUCCAAGCUUGGUUUGAAUCCUAAUUCAGGAACCGGUACAACACCGUUACAUUUGAGGUCUCACCACGGUUUUGAACCACCUGUUAUAGCGAAAAACCGCAAAUUGACUUACGUUGAUGUUGUUAAGAUCACAAACAACUUUGAGAGGGUUCUUGGUAGGGGAGGUUUUGGUGUAGUUUAUUACGGCGUCUUGAAUAAUGAACCAGUUGCGGUAAAGAUGCUCACUGAGUCCACUGCACUUGGUUACAAACAGUUUAAAGCCGAGGUUGAGUUGCUUCUUAGAGUUCAUCACAAAGAUCUCACAUGUCUUGUUGGAUAUUGCGAAGAAGGCGAUAAAAUGUCUCUAAUCUAUGAGUUCAUGGCGAAUGGCGACUUGAAAGAGCACUUAUCAGGUAAGGGUGGACCGUCGAUACUAACUUGGGAAGGAAGGCUUCGUAUAGCAGCGGAAUCAGCGCAAGGAUUGGAAUAUUUGCACAAUGGAUGCAAACCCCAAAUAGUUCACCGCGACAUUAAGACAACUAACAUCCUAUUAAACGAGAAAUUCCAAGCUAAGCUUGCGGAUUUCGGGCUUUCACGGUCUUUCCCACUUGGAACUGAAACUCAUGUCUCAACCGUAGUCGCUGGAACUCCCGGAUAUCUUGAUCCCGAAUACUACAGAACUAAUUGGUUAACCGAGAAAAGCGAUGUGUUCAGCUUUGGUGUUGUUCUACUAGAGCUAGUAACAAACCAACCCGUGAUAGACAUGAAAAGGGAAAGAUCACAUAUAGGUGAAUGGGUAGGUUUGAUGCUAUCAAGAGGAGACAUUAACAACAUUGUGGAUCCUAAGCUUCAAGGAGACUUUGAUCCAAACACGAUAUGGAAAGUUGUUGAGACCGCAAUGAUUUGUCUGAAUCCGUCUUCUUCACGGAGACCGACGAUGACUCAAGUCGUAAUGGAUAUGAAAGAAUGUCUGAACAUGGAGAUGGCAAGAAACAUGGGAAGCCGUAUGACGGAUUCAACUAAUGAUUCUUCAAUUGAGCUUUCCAUGAAUUUCACAACAGAGCUUAAUCCAGGAGCUAGAUGAAUCAAAUCUUAUGUAUAAUUUGCUUGAAGCUAGAAGUUUCUUCGUUCACACGUUUCCUUUGUUCUGUUUGUGAUGAACAGAGUCAGUCUUAAUUGUAUUCUGUUCCGGUUCUUUGUUAUUUAAAAUUUUAAUUUAUUAUAUAAUCUGAAUGCAAUUUAGUGUUGGUA